AUGGCUUCACAAUUUCCUUCCGUCGAAGAAAUUAAGACCUUGAAUACGCCUUCUCUUGUUCAACGUUUAAAAGAGGCAGUGCCUUACAUAGACGAAUGUGCUCUUGUGUUUCUUGAAAAAGAGCGGGUUUCCGGUAGGCAUUUUCUAGGAUUAACUCGAUAUGAUCUUGACUCUCGUGGGCUAGAGUUGGGACCGACAAAAGAUGUUUUACAAAUAAUUGAUGAGAUAAAGAGUGGACAGCCAGAAGUCCUCUCAAACGUCAAAUAUACUAGCGGGACUGACAGCGAAGUCGAAAAUAUGACCACGAGGAUGGAUAGUUUGGCAGUAGGAGAUAAUGCGGACUCACCAUCUCGAAAGGCUGGCAGGCAACCAUCCGGAAAAUUGCUAAGAAAACUAUGUGAAAAGAAUAAAAUUCAAGUUGAUGAUACCUUGCGUUUUAAGGAAGGAAAACUUCUUUUUGACGGCAAGGUUGUAGAAAUUGAUGAAAAUUGGGAACCCUUGUUCUCUUUUACGUAUAAAGAGCAAGAGUAUAAACAAAAAUUCAGUGAAUUGGAACCGUUGGCGAAGUGGAUGCUGAAGUCGAAGGAUCCCGAAAGAGUUAUUUCUAGACUAAGAGAUGUUUAUAAUAAAACCAAACUUAUUCGUGCUGAGGAGGUGAUCGGGAGUCUUAGAGAUUUUGUAGACGAACUUGAAAAUGUUGCGUAG